GGGCAUCGUCCUCGACAGCAAGAUGGCGACGUUGGCGAGAGCGCAAUAAAGAGUGCGAGAUUUUCGGCAAAUAUCGCCAGCUGCGACGUUCCAGGCGGCUGUCCGCAGUAUUCAUCGGCUCCUGAUUGCUCGCAAAGAUGACCGCAGGUACCAGCUUAGUGGUGCCCAUAGUGCUAUGGGGACGCAUAGCACCAACCCAUUGCAUUUCCUGUGUCUAUCUAUCUCGGGAUCAAAAAACAUUGGUGACAGGCUGUUAUGAUGGACAGAUAUGUCUGUGGCAAGUGGAUCCGGAAACAUUUAAGAUGACUCCACGGUGUCUACUUGUUGGACAUACUGCUCCAAUAAUGUGUCUUAGUCGAGCCAGUGUUGUAAUGGAGCAGAGUUUCAUCGUUAGUAGCAGCGAAAGCGGAGAGAUGUGCACUUGGGAUCUAGUUGAUGGAAAAUGUCGCGAAGCAGUGAAACUCAAUAACGUUCACACACAGAUGCUGCCCUACGUUUCGGCAGGCGGAGAGGAUGUUAGGUUGUUUUGUUCCGGAUACUAUCCUGAAGUUCUGGUGAUGGACCCGUUCAGUUUGGAAGUGCUGUUUACUCUGAGCUCACGCGUAAAUCCAGAUUGGAUUAGCGCCUUGCAUGUUUUGCGGCCGGCCAAACGGAAAGGUCGGUUCUACGUGCAUACAAACGAUGUCGUAUUGGCUCUGACGACCACGGGUACAGUCAAGGUAUGGACACUUCUGGGACACGAGAAUCGAAACAGCGAGCCUCUGUACGAACAUGAAAGCAAGCAGAUCCGUUGCUUGAAUGCACUCGCGAUGACUUGCUGUCCUUACAAUCAGAGAACAGUGCUUAUUGUAUGCUCCAAAUAUUGGCAGAUAUUCGACGCCGGUGAUUUUUCGGUCCUUUGCUCGAUAACGGCUCCUCGUGGCGAACGUUGGAUGGCAGGAGACUUUCUAGCUGCGGAUAGAGUCAUUUUGUGGAGCGAUGAAGGUCAUGGAUAUCUAUACAAACUUCCAGCAAAGGUUCUGGUACAACUUGACAGCAAGCUGAAGGGCAAGGCUCUCAGCAGUAGUGUCGCGGAUAACAAGAACUUCCACACCGCUGGUGCCGAAUACGAUCAGCCGUAUUUGUACUGUACGCUAACACAACCCGGAGAUAAGCCUCUUUCAUGUCCACCAGCCAUGCGAUUGGUGACCGUACAGCGUCAAAAUAAGACUCUGAAGUACUUGUUACGUGGGGACAGCGAGGGUGUUGUUAUUCUCUGGACGGUACCGGAGGUGACGACACAACAGCUCGCCCAAAUAUCCCAGAAUGAUGGAUCUACACCGCCAGCAUUGCCGCCGACCGUGAAGACGAGCCUCACCGCUGCCUGGGGCGCGAUGAAGCCGCCUCCCGUGGGAAUACUUGAUCAACUGGACUCUGGCGAUGGUCAGGGAAUCAAGCUUACCGCUUGUAUCUACCUGCCGCAGCAGAGUCGGCUGGUCGUCGGUCGUGAGGACGGUAGCAUCAUUAUUGUACCAGCAACACAGACCGUGAUGCUGCAAUUGCUUCACGGAAAUCAUCAACAGUAUGAUGAUUGGCCUCCGCAUCAAGUUCUUCUGGGUCACUCGGGACGAGUGAAUUGUCUGCUUUAUCCUCACGGCGCAGCGCCUCGUUACGAUCGCACUCAUCUCGUUUCUGGUUCUGUGGACUUUGCUGUUUGUCUCUGGGAUUUAUACGCUGGCACCUUGAUCCACCGAUUUUGUGUUCACGCCGGCGAAAUCACGCAACUGAUGGUGCCGCCCGAUAAUUGCAGUCCCAGGAUACAGAAAUGCGUAUGCAGUGUUGCAUCGGACCACAGCGUUACCUUACUCUCAUUGGCUGAGAGGAAAUGUGUCGUGCUUGCUUCGCGACAUCUUUUCCCAGUUGUAACUAUCAAAUGGAGACCGUUGGAUGAUUUCAUGAUAGUCGGAUGCUCGGAUGGUGCCGUAUACGUCUGGCAAAUGGAAACUGGUCAUUUGGAUCGUGUAUUGCAUGGCAUUAUCGCGGAAGAAGUGCUCUACGCUUGCGACGAAAACACCAUCGCGGCGGCUGGCGGAUCCGCUACUGGCGGCGAGCUAGGACUUGCCAAUCCUGCCGUGCAUUUCUUUAGGGGUUUGCGUCACCGAAACCUGUCGGCGAUCAGACACGCGACGCAAAGGGGUCUGCACCAAUUGCAACAGCUUCACGGUGGUCAUGGUCCUGAUCAUGGGAAUCAAAUAAAGGCUAAAGGUUCACCACUGAUGAUUCAAGGCUUCAGGAGUAACCCCAAGGAUCCGGAGAGUCACAUUUUAUUCUUCGACAUAGAAGCGCUGAUAGUGCAAUUGUUAAGUGAUGAAUAUGGUGCCAUGUCCCCUGGUUCUUUAGAAGCGCAGGGACUUAUCUCUGCUGCCGAAUAUCAAAAAGUUGCAGCCCUCACUCAGUCUGCUAGUCCCGAUGCGCAUAAGAAAAUUGUUGACUUUUUUGGUCGCGUCAAGGAUAAAGCGGGCGAUGUUGAGCGAAUAUUAAAGGAGAAGGAUCGUCACGGUAUAUUGGCUAAGAUGAAGGAGGGUGCAGAAAAUGUGCAUACUAAAUUACAGGCCAAAGCGGAAAGCGUCGGCCUCAAGCCGUCGACAUUUGACGGCAAAGGCGAAAAUUGGAAUAAUAGCGACGCGGCCAAGAACAGUUUGAAACGAAACGGUGCGUUUAGCGAACCAAACGCGACGAUGGAAGUGGCGCAGUUGCUUUUGAGUCUUUUGCACGCCUGGGGAAUGGAUCCAGACUUGGAUCGGGUUUGUGAGGGAAAAUUGGGUCUACUACGACCUAUGGUCCCUAUCUCAUUCGGAGUACUAUCCAAGGGAGGUUACAUGUCAUUACUAUUACCAACUUGGCAAACACAACUUGAACCAAUCGGUGAACCGGCAACCCAAUUGGAGCAACGCUUACCAGCUGAAUUAGUUAGACAAGAGAGACUCACUAGAGCAUUCACAGCAAGAGCACAUUGGGAAUUGUCAACUACUUUAACAAGUAACCAUUUACUAGCGGUAGUCGCUUUAUCGAAUACCUUAAUGUCGAUGAACAACGCAACAUUUGUACCUGAGCAAGAACGAAAUCGCAAGAUGCACAGGCCGGGUAAUAGAGGCGCGGUGAACUGGAAUAAAACAGAAGAAGAAAAUGAGGAAAUAUACACAGUACAGCAGGCGCAGAUCAAGCAGGGUUGGUCUCUCCUGGCUACAUUACACUGUGUAUUGUUACCUGAUAAAGUCGCAGCGCAAGGUGGUGCGAAGACCUUUAAGCGACCGCAAGUGGAAAUGAUGGCACGAAGAUGGCAACAUCAGUGUGUGGAGAUUCGAGAAGCAGCACAGGCUUUGCUGCUCGCCGAGCUAGGCCGGAUGGGCUCAAAGGGUCGCAAAGCGCUUGUCGAUAAUUGGUCGCAGUAUUUGCCGAUGUAUAGUACUCAGGAACCCAUCGCGCCGCAACCACAGAACCAAAAUUCGCCAGCGGCCGGAAGUCCGGUACCGCAGGCUGAAUCACAACCUGAAGAAGAAGAUGAAGAAGAAGAGCUAGCUGAAGCAGAGAUGAGUAUAGCUAGGAAACCAUCGAGUGUGGCGGAACUGAAGCGAAAGCAAACCACGGCGGUGGUGCUGCUAGGCGUGAUAGGAGCUGAAUUUGGUCAGGAUGUAGCUACGACGAGCCAAAAAAGAGAUAACGAGCAGAGACGAAAGAGCUCGAUUGUGGAAGGCUUUGGCAUAGGAAAUAAUAAUCUUGCCAGACAUACCAGCAUGGCGCUUACUCAUCUAUUGCACGCACCCCAUUCUUCAAAACUCCCGUUGCACACGCCACUACGAAGAGCUGCGAUCGAUCUUAUUGGCAGAGGAUUCACCGUCUGGGAACCCUACCUUGAUGUAUCAAAGGUUCUGUUAGGCCUACUGGAAAUGUGUUGCGACGCGGACAAAUUAGUGCCGAGUCUGACAUACGGCCUUCCUCUCACGCCGCAAGCCGACACUUGUCGCACGGCGCGUCACGCUUUGACUCUGAUCGCUACCGCGAGGCCAGCUGCCUUCAUCACCACGAUGGCUCGCGAAGUAGCUAGAUUUAACACUCUUCAGCAGAAUGCUCAGACCUUAAAUGUCAAUCUGGGUGCGAGUGUCUUGACCAGGGCAAAACCAGAGAUUCUCAGGAUUGUUGAACAACUGAUUGACAAAAUGCAGAGCGAGAUGAGUGAUCUUCUUGUGGAGGUCAUGGAUAUUAUUCUACAUUGCCUUGACCCAGGUCACCUAAAAAUGAAACCCUUAAACGAAGUAUUUCCGGCAGUGUGUAGAUUUAAUCAGGUCAGUCAUUGUCCGGCAACACGCAGGAUAGCAGUUGGUGGUCGCGGUGGUCAGUUAGCAUUAUAUGAAUUGCGAGGUAACGUCAAAUGUCAAACGGUUCCGGCACAUUCAGCGCCGGUUACCGCAUUAGCAUUUUCACCAGAAGGAAAGUUCCUUGUCAGUUAUUCCUGUUCCGAGAACAAGCUCUGUUUUUGGCAGCAAACCAGCAGCGGCAUGUUUGGCCUGGGAAACUCGCAAACUCGCUGCGUGAAGUCCUAUAGCACCGCGCCCAUCAAUGAUGUGGCCCGAUUGAAUCCUAUGCGCUUGGCGCGGCUAAUCUGGAUCAAUAAUCGCACGGUCACCUUAAUGCUCGCCGAUGGCUCGGAAACGCGUUUCAACGUUUGAACGUCACGCGAGACCAGAAUUUACCGGAGUUACCAACGAUUUCGUUCGGCGAGCAGAAAGCGUUCAGCUUGCACGUCAUUUAGCGUCGAUUACAUCGAUCAAUCGAGCCUGAUUUGUACAAUGCUCCUUUAUUAAGCAGAUCUUUUUUACAAAAGUACUAACGAUAAGUAGUACAAUAGUAAGAUAAUAUUGACAAUAUUGUCUAAUGAGCAAAGUAGUUUAAUAGCACUGUUAUAGAAUGUCGCUUUGUACUGGUAGAUUCUUUGAAAAGAACUAUAUUUAUAGAGCUAAUAGAUUUCGUCUGUGUAUAUCAAACUCAAAAAAUAUACUGGGGAGUUUAGUAUUAAUUUAAAAAGAACACUGUACAAUUCAGGCUUUAGCGCUAAUCGUGUUUAUUAGAUUUUUUUUCUGUUUAUGCAGUAUUGAUAAAAAAUGCAAUUUAGAGAAUUAGCUGAUCGAAGCCGUCGGCGUGAUUUUAAUCUAAAUAAUUCAUGCAUCAAUCAGGAGCGCCGUUGCCGAUUUUGACAUUUAUUGGUACUUAAUUGAUAACGCUAGUAUUGAAUAAUUGGAUUUUCAUUGUAUGCAUACGGCUGUCCAGGUCUAUAAUCUCAUUUACAAUUUUCAUUUUAAAUAAAAUCAGGAUUAUAUAGGCAGCCGUACAUGAUUCUAAAUAUAUAACCGGCAACAGUUUCUCAUGAAAAUUAGAGAGAUUACGUGACCCGAAUUGUUCCUGUGCCGACCUCCCGAAAGUUGCAGUAUUUUGCAGUAUUUGUAAAGUACAUAGUUCGUUUCUCAUAGCUGCGAAAAGUUUUAGUUUUAUCAACGAUCGGAUAUUUUGUCAUACUUAAAUAUUCGUACAAUAGAAUUAGGGAAGUAAUUUCAAUCUAUUCAUCGUUUUAUAUCGAUCAUAGAAGUCAAAGUGGAAAAUAACACUAAUCUACAUGUUGAAUUUUUAUUCUAUAUAUUGCUCUCUUGAAAAUACACUGCGCGACUUUCGGAGGAAUAUUAAAUUUGGACGUUUCGUCGCGCUUUUGUUUAUUAUUAUUUUCUGGGAUUAUUUAAAUUUAAAUGAUCAGAAUCUAAGUCCGUGAAUCUCUUGCCGCGUGUUUCUCGAGAAGAUGUUUAUGAAUCGAACAUUAAUCUGAAAUCGUGCAUUUCUUGAUUUAAAUAAAUAAAAUGUGAAUAAAAAACAAUAGGAAAAAAGUAGCUAAGAAUAGUGACAGAGCACAGUGUCUUUUUCAUAAGUAUCGUUUGAAGCUCCGUCGCGUCACAUUAAUUUUUGACGAAUAUUCCACGAUUGAUUAACUGACAUAUUUAUUUCAUCAUUUUAAGAUAAACAAGAUAGAAGAGCGAGAAUAUUGGCUCUUCGAGAAUAGUCAUCCUAAAAAAAAGAAAAAAAAAGAAAAACGCCGCAUCACCGCUUUUCUGUCACUAUUUCUAUCGAAUGGAGAUCUUUCUUCGUUUGCAAGAGACAGAGUGUUGCGUGCACAGGAUAUAGGAUAAUUUAUAUAAUUAUUAUUGUGUCCCAUAUACGCGGAUUUGCAAUGUAUCGCGUCACACAAACGCGUACCGGAUAUGCAAACCAUAAGUCGCGUAUACAAUUCUUUCUUUCUUUUACAGUCAAUCUGAAAGAAAUGCUUCUAGAAUAUAAGAACGUUAUUUAUUUGUAAUUUUGUAGUUUAGUGUUAAAAUCUUUAAGAGAUGUUACGCGAUUUAUGGUUUGUUCCGUCUGUUUUCGCGAUUAAUGAAAUAUGGUGAUCCUAUUAUCGAGAUUCAAGCAAUGCCUUAUAAUUGUCUUGGAACGAUCAAUAGUAUAAGGAUGUUCUCGAUUAAUCACGCUUUCUUUCGCAAAAAGAUUUUUUAGCAAAUGAAGCCGAAAGAAUGUAUAGAUAUAUAUAGCUUUAAAUUGUUCAUGUAGGGCGGCGUAAGAUUGUGCCAGCAGUUAUAAUUCUGCAUCAGACUUUGUACUAUUUGUAAGAAGUAAUUAUAGUUCUCCGAUAUUUCAAAGUUACCAUUUAUAUGAGUCACUUUAGAUACUUGCUUUUAUUGUUGUUACGUUUUUAAUUGCCGACAAAUAUGGCUAUUUGAUUUUAAAUUUUAUUAGUUAUUUAAUAUGCAGCAUUACAAAGAGAGAGAGAAAGAGAGUAACUUUUUAGAAUAAAUAGUUCAGAUUUGGUCUUCCUUGUAAUAACAUUCCUUAAUCGUUUUAGUUCGUUAUUGUGAAUGUAUUAUUUAAUACCUCGUAAUGAUAUAUAUAAAAUUUAAAUUUAUAGAUAUUGUUUAGGAUCUAUCUGAAAUUAAUUCAAUAUCUUGUUACUUGUAAGCUUAUCAGUUUAUUCUACACUAUUUUAUGUGGUUUGAGAGAUGGUUUUCAUUUUCAGUAUCUUAUAACUAAAAAAUAUUGAUAUAUUGAUUUAUUAAAAAAAAAAAAUUAAUUUAAAAUGUUAGAAAGAGAUCCAUCUUACGUGCGAUAAAUGUUUUUACAUAAUUUGAAAGUUCUUUUUAACAAAAGUCACUUACCCUUAUUACAUUGGUCUGCUAGCGCAAUCGUACCCGAUCUUAUGGUACACUAUGGUACACUAGAUAGCCGAUCAUACGUCGCGCAGGCGUGUCUGUGAUCGGCAUUUUCACGUAGAGCACUUUUCCAGAUGUCUUUUUGUUGCGCUUGAAGGAGAGCGAUUUAAUCCUUCGACCAGUAGUCAAAUCUAUAUUCUUUCUAUACCAAAAUUGUUUCUAGCAAAUUUUUUUCUCUUUUUUUAUCAAUUGGGUUUGAUUGCAAUUGAUGAACUCACAGCUCGUCCUGUUAAACUGAUGGACGAUGUGAGUUUAGUAAUAUAUUAGUUUGAUUGACCCCAGAGGAACAAGUUAUUGCUACUAAUUGUGAACGACAUGCCGAGCAUAAAAAAAAUAAACUCGACAUGUCGUUCCCAUUGUAUAUAAAAAACGAACUGCGCCUAAUUGUAUAUCUAUGUAAUUAUUUAUGUGUACAUUAUUAUAUCCGAUAUGCACCAGUCUCCGCCCGAUUCGCGGGCUCGGCUAUGAAGCAUAUUAUUAUUAUAUCGGGUAGCGCACAAUCGUUCACCCGCUCUCGUUUUACUUGUAAUUGUCGACGAAUGUAAUAAAAAAAAGAAAUUCUGAG